UAACAUGUGUGCAAAUCGAGGAGCUUUUGUUGUUGCAACCACUGUUGGAGUAGUUGAGACCAUGAAGGAUCACGGGUAUUGCAAAACGAAUAACACCAUGAAGUCAAUAGCUCAACAUGCCAAGAACCAAAUAGGGUCGGCAACUCAGGCCAAGAAGCUUUCUUCUCCUCUUCCUUCAGCAAUUUCGAAAAAGCUGAGAGAUGAAAAGAAUAGGAAAUCAGAGGAGUCUCUGAGAACCGUAAUGUACUUAAGCACAUGGGGUCCCAAUUCUUAGAACAUUAACUAGAUUAAUGAUAAAUGUUGGCAUAAUUCAGCAUGGCACAACAAUAUGGCGCCAUUGAU